AUGUCCGCCAACGACUACUACAGCAACGCCGGCGGCAGCGGCGGCUACCCUCAGCAGCAAUACGGCCAGCAGCAGCAAUACGGAGGCGGCUAUCCCCAGCAGCAAGGCUAUCCUCAGCAGCAGCAGUACGGCCAGCAGCAGCAAUACAACCAACAAUCCUACCCCCCUCAGCAGCAACAGCAACAACACUACGGCCAGCCCCAGUACGACAACAACCGCAGCGCCUCUCCCUACGGCCAGCCCCAGUACGACCAGCAGCAGCAGCAGCAGCACCAGUACCAGCAGCAGCAGUACGGCCAGCAGCAGCCCGGCUACGGCCAGUACGACCAGCACCAGCAGUACCCCGGCGCCGGCGGCGUCCCCGGCGCUGAAGACGGCGACCGCGGCCUCGGCGCGACCCUCAUCGGAGGCGGUGCCGCUGCCUUUGCCGCCAAGAAGGCCGGCGGUGGCCUCGUUGGCAGUGGUCUGGCCGCUGUGGGCGGUGCCAUUGCCGCAAACUUGAUCGAGAACGUGUUUGAGAAACGCAAGGAGAAGAAGGAGGCUGAGAACAUGGCCUACGGCGGCCAGAGCGGCCACCACCACCACCACCACCGUGACUAA